AUGAAAAUUGACAGUUUCCGGACAGCACUGCCUGACGGAAAAUUGGAUAUAAAAGUGAUCAGUGAGCAGAUGAAAGGUAUCCCAUCAUUCGAAAUGUCCAAGAUCGCAUACUCCACUUUAGCCAUUCUGGCAAUCAUUGUCAUUUCACAGGUUCAAUCAGCAGUAUUGCCAGUCUCAUCGAAAGAAGUAGCCUUAGUCACAUCUUCACCUUCAUCAUCUUCAUCUGAAACAUCAAUUGAUACAUUAGGAUCAUCUCGAAUUAAAAGACAAGGAGGAUGUGGUUGUUGUGGAUGUGGAUGUGGAUGUUGUGGAUGUGGAGGAGGUGGUGGAGGAGGAUAUGUUGCUGUUGCUGUCGUCGCUGUUGUACUUGCUGCCGUACUUGCUGUUGUACCAGAUGUUGUACUUGUUGUCGUCCAUGUUGUUGUGGAUGUGGAUGUGGAUGUUGUGGAUGUGGAGGAGGAGGACGUAAGCGUCGUUCUCUACAGAAUCUUCGAAUUGACGAAGCCAACAGAGCUCUUGGAAUCAAGAGAAGACCAACUAAGGCUGGAGACAAGUGUUGAUUUCUUUCCAGACCUGGAAAGAAAUCAACACUUGUCUCCACCCUUAGUUGGUCUUCUCUUGAUUCCAAGAGCUCUGUUGGCUUCGUCAAUUCGAAGAUUCUGUAGAGAACGACGUUUACGUCCUCCUCCACAUCCACAACAUCCACAUCCACAUCCACAACAACAUGGACGACAACAAGUACAACAUCUGGUACAACAGCAAAAAUUAACAGAAGCUAGGAAAACUUGUCAAUCAGCUACUGAAAAGAAAGAAUACCUUGGUCUACAACAACAACAUCCACAUCCUCCUCCACCACCUCCUCCACAUCCACAACAUCCACAUCCACAUCCACAACAACCACAUCCUCCUUGUGAAGAUGAUGAAGGUGAAGAUGUGACUAAGGCUACUUCUUUCGAUGAGACUGGCAAUACUGCUGAUUGA